UAUUUCUUCUCUCUCUCUGUCUCUCUCUCUCUCUCUCUCCUCUCUAAGGCUCACAAUGUUGGCAGUGUUACUUCUGGCUGUUGUAGCAGUCCACUCUGCCCCUCGAUGUGAUAUCAACCUGGAUGCAGACUGUAAUGAAGUCUACAACAUCUCGCAAGCAAGUGGCGUCUACCCCAUCUACCCCUUUUUGACACCUGUUCAGGUGUACUGUGACAUGAACACGGAUGGAGGCAAGUGGACUGUGAUAAUCCAGAGGAUAGAUGGAUCUCUGAACUUCUACAGACCCUGGAACCAGUACAAAGUUGGUUUUGGAAACCCAGAGGGAGAAUACUGGCUAGGACUGGAGAACAUCCACCUUCUCACUAAGAGGAGGAAGUAUGAGCUGAGGGUAGACAUGGAGGACUUUGAAGGAAACAGUGUGUUUGCCAUGUACUCUUCCUUCUUUUUGGACUCUGAGGCAGACGGAUACAAACUACAUGUCACUGGAUUCACCAACAGAGGAGCAGGUGACUCACUGGCCUAUCAUAGCGGGUUGAUGUUCAGCACCUUCGACAAAGACCAGGACACUUGGUCUGACAACUGUGCAGCUACUUACUAUGGGACAUUUUGGUAUGGUUCUUGUCACUACGCUAACAUCAAUGGAGAGUAACUAUGGGGAACCACCAAACAUACCGCUACAAGUGUCAAUUGGAAUCACUGGAAAGGUUAUCAUUAUUCUCUGAAAGCUGUCUCUAUGAAGAUUAGACCAGUGCCUUAGACCAGUGGGGUAGAUACCUUUGAUAAACAGCCACAUAUAACUCUUUAUUUACUUGUUGAUUACAAUUUUGAACAGUAGGCCGGCUAAGUCAUUGAUCCAACUUUCUGGAACAUCCCCCAGUGUAGAGAAGCUGCAGCCAGCAGGGUCUCCCAAUGUGUAUAGCAGGGGCUUGGAACACACUACUCUGACAUUAUGUUG